AUCCGCUUCUGGCUAGAGAACCUGCGGGCCAAAGCCGGGGAGGCGUUGCACAACGUGCGCUUCUUGGAGGACCAGCCUAUCAUCCCGGAGUUGGCUGCCCGUGGGAUCAUCCAUCAAGUGUUCCCCGUCCACGAGCAGAGGAUUCUGAACCGGCUCAUGAAGUCCUGGGUGCAGGCUGUGUGUGAGAACCAGCCCCUAGAUGAGAUUUGUGACUACUUCGGGGUGAAGAUUGCUAUGUAUUUUGCCUGGCUGGGUUUCUAUACCUCUGCCAUGGUGUAUCCAGCUGUGUUUGGCUCUGUGCUCUAUACCUUCACCGAGGCCGACCAGACCAGCCGGGACAUCUGCUGUGUAAUCUUUGCCAUCUUCAAUGUGAUCUGGUCUACGCUAUUUCUGGAGGAGUGGAAGCGCCGUGGGGCUGAGUUUGCGUAUAAGUGGGGGACUUUGGACACCCCUGGAGAAGCCAUUGAGGAGCCCCGGCCUCAGUUCAGGGGUGUCCGGAGGAUCAGUCCUGUGACCAAUGCUGAGGAGUUCUAUUACCCACCCUGGAAGCGGCUCCUGUUCCAGCUGCUGGUCAGCCUGCCAGUGUGUGCCACCUGCCUCAUCGGGGGCUUCCUGCUCAUGCUCGGCUGCUUCCAACUACAGGAGCUGGUGCUCAGUGUGAAGGGGCUGCCACGCCUUGUCCGCUUCCUGCCCAAGAUUGGCCUGGCCCUCUUGGUCAGUGCCUGUGCCGAGGCCUACAAGAAGCUUGCCUAUUGGCUUAAUGACAUGGAGAAUUACCGUCUGCAGAGUGCCUAUGAGAAACACCUCAUCGUCAAGAUUGUUUUGUUCCAGUUUGUAAAUUCGUACCUGAGUCUUUUCUACAUCGGUUUCUACCUCAAGGACAUGGAGAGGCUGAAGGAGCUCCUGUUCAUCCUCUCUCUCUCCCAAAGCCUGGAGCGCCAGCUCCGAGCAGCUGUCGUCCCCUACGCUGCCCUCCGUCUCCAGCUUCUCCUCUUCUCCUUCCAGGGCCUCCUGGCUCUGGCCAAGGCCAGAGUACGGGCUGGAAUGUUAGCCACCCUACUUAUCACCCGUCAGUUCCUGCAGAAUAUCCGGGAGGUACUACAGCCACACCUGUACCGCCGGCUGACCAAUGGGGACCUGAGUGCCCGCACCCUCUGGGAGUUCUCCAAGACUUUCCUGCAGCUGCUUAUUCAUAGGCCUCCUGUCCCAGAGGCCCGGCCCCGAGAGCCACUGGCAGGGCCACCUGAGCCCAGGGCCCAGGAGAGCAGUGGCAGUGGCAGUGGGGGCCGGAAGUGCCUCAAUGGGGGCUGUGGGGUCCCCGAGGAGGAGGAGGAGGAGCGGCGGAGGCGGGCUGGGGAGGGUGGGGAAGAGGCGGGUGGUGGGGGUGGCGGGGAGGAUGAGGAGGAAGAGGAUGAGGAGGACGAUGAGGAGGAUGAUGAUGAGGAAGAAAGCCUUCUGGACUGCGGCCUAAAGCUAAGGAAGGUGAGCUUUGCUGAGCGGGCUGAGCGGCAGCGACGGGCAGGAUCGACAGGUCCUGAGAACUUCCUGGAAGAGGGUAGCCCAACCAUGGUGGACAAGGGCCUGGACCCAGCAGCCGUGUUUGCCUUGUGCGAGGAUGAAGAGGAUGCUGAGGAGCCUUCAGACAGUCCUGGUCGGGAGCCCCUAGAAGCACCUGGGGGCCCUCGUGGAGAACGGGCUGGCGGUGAGGGCCGAGACCAGGGUCCCGGUGAUGACGAGGCCGAGGCCUCGGGCCCUGGGGAGGACAGACGGCGAAAGCACAACCGCACGUCCUGGAUCGACCCACCUGAGGAAGAUUACUCCCCCCAGCUGACCCAGGCCGAGCUGGAAAGCUGCAUGAAAAAAUAUGAGGACCCUUUCCAGGACUACCAGGAGAUGUUUGUGCAGUUUGGCUACGUGGUGCUCUUCUCCUCAGCCUUCCCCCUGGCUGCCCUCUGUGCCCUGAUCAACAACCUCAUAGAGAUCCGCAGCGAUGCCUUCAAGCUGUGCACGGGCCUCCAGCGGCCUUUUGGGCAGCGCGUCGAUAGCAUCGGGCAGUGGCAGAAGGUGAUGGAGGCCAUGGGCAUCCUGGCCAUUGUGGUGAACUGCUACCUGAUUGGUCAGUGUGGACAACUUCAGCGCCUCUUCCCAUGGCUGAGUCCAGAGGCUGCCAUCAUCUCUGUCGUAGUGCUGGAGCACUUCGCCCUGUUUCUGAAGUACCUCAUUCAGGCAGCCAUCCCUGACAUCCCUGCCUGGGUAGCCGAGGAAAUGGCCAAGCUGGAACACCAGCGGCGAGAGGCCUUUAAGAAACACGAGCGCCAGGCUCAGCAUCACUACCAGCAGCAGCAGCGGCGAAGGCGGGAGGAGGAAGAGCGGCAAAGACACGCGGAGCACCAUGCGCGACGGGAACGUGAGGCUGGGCGUGAGGAAGGCCGGGCUGAGGGCAGCAGUCCAGAUCUGGCCCCUGAGAAGGCACCUGCCAAGGCCAAGGGUGGGCCCGGCCCAGAUCGGCCCAAGAGGCCAGGCUCCCUGCUCGCCCCCAACAAUGUCAUGAAACUCAAGCACAUGAUCCCCCUCCAGGGGAAGUUUCUGUCCUCAUCCUCUUCGUCAUCCUCCUCCUCUGCAGGGGGUGCCGGCCCAGCUACGCGGCAGCCGCAGGCACCCUCCCCCACGGGAGAAAACCGCCUGCCUGCCUUUCUCAGCUUUAAGUUUCUCAAGUCGCCGGAAGCCAAGCGAGACCAAGAGCGAAGCCACUCGCCUCCCAAGCCCUUCCAUGCUGGCAAGCUCUUCCCCUUUGGGGGCCGGGCAGAGUCCACCGCUGCAUCUAACGGGUCAGGCGGGGGGCAGGUGCGACCCGACAGCGCUCCCAGCAAGGCCCAGCGUCCCGGGCUAGCAGAUGAGGCCACUGGGGAGGAGCCAGAUGCCCGUGCAGAGGACGAAGGCUCAGGGACAGCGCAGCCAGCUUCUGGUGUCCCCUCCCGUGCCCACCGCCGGAGCCCUGCACCACCACGCUGCUCCUGCCCACCGUCACCCAAUACACCCCCGCCCACAGGCUGCUGGCAAUGGGAGGGCCCCUGGAGUUGUGGGGGUGAGGGGAGUGCCACUAGAGAGGGCUAUGGAGCUGAGUGCCCACCCUGUGCCCGAGCCCCGGGGAGCCCUGCCUGGGUCCCUGCCCCACUCCCUGCACCCCCUGCUCAGGGUGAUGACAGCUUCUCCAGCCCCCCACUCCCAGGACCCUGCCCUCUACCCCCAGAUGACAGCCCCAGCCCUAGCCCCAGCCCCAGCCCCCAAGCCAUCUGCUGGCCAGCUGGGUGGCACUAGCCAGCCCCAUCUCUUUCCCACUGUGCCCUCCACUCCUGAGGCCCUGGGCUUUCCUUCAUUCACAUAUGCAAUAUGAGUUAUUAAUGCAAGGAGCUGAGGCUGAGCAUGACUGAUGACGGCCAGCCUGUCCUCUCCAGCCCAGGGGAGGGAGUGGAGUGGGUUAAGAUGUCUGGUUUGGUCAAAGCCAGCCUAGCCUGGCCUGGCAAGUGGACUGGGGGGUCAGGAUCCACCAGUCCCAGUAUGUUUACUCCCCAGCCACUCCCUAGGGCUCUAAAGGUUGGCCACUGAUCAGAGGCGAAGAGGAAAAGGCAAGUUUUUUGCCGUCUUCUUUCUUUCAAUCCAGAAGGAAAUACCUA